AUGCAGAAAAAAAAAACUGCUCAGCAACAGCUGCCACAGCAGCAGCAGCAACAGCAGCAACAGGAGGAGCAGGUUGCUCAUGCGCUUAGUUGUGUUGUGUGGAUGCCUCUGCAGCGGCAGCCGAAGCAACAGGUCCAGCAGCAGCAGCAGCAGCAGCAGGAGCAGCAGCAGCAGCAACUGCAACAGGAGCAGGAGCAACAGCAGCAGCAGCAACAGCAACAGCUGCCACAGCAGCAGCAGCAACAGCAGCAACAGGAGGAGCAGGUUCAACAGCCGCAGCAGCAAUUGCACGAACAGCAGCAGCAGCAGCAGCAACAGCAGCAGCAGCAGCAGCAGCAACAGCAGCAGCAGCAGCAGCAGCGCAGCAGCAGCAACAGCAGCAGCAGCAGCAGCAGCAGCAGCAGCAGCAGCAGCAGCAGCAGCAGCAGCCACUGA